AUGUCUAGUUCAAGCUCCAAAAUGAAUUUUUUUUUAAGUCAUUUAGAAGUGCCUGUCGAAGAAAGAGGUGCUCUGAGUUUUUUAAGAAAUCCCGACUUACUUCCAAUUAAGACUGAACAUCAAACAUGGGGGUUUUGGUCAAAUUUCGCCUAUUGGGGUAUUAUGUCUUUUGCUGUUGGUACAUGGACAGGUGCCUCAUCAGCUCUCUCUGUUGGCUUGAGUUAUGCCGAAACGAUAGGAACAUUUAUCGUGGGAGAUGUAUUGACUAUAAUAUUUACUUUGGCUAACUCCUAUCCAGGUUAUGACUGGAAAGUUGGUUUUACAAUUACGCAAAGAUUUGUUUUUGGUAUUUAUGGAUCGGGCUUUGGGGUUUUAAUCCGUGUACUUAUGAGUAUUGUUAAUUACGCUUCAAAUGCUUGGCAAGGUGGAUUAUGUAUCAAUAUGAUCCUAGACUCAUGGUCACAUCAUUAUUUACAUUUAGAAAAUACUCUUUCAUCUCAUGUGGCAAUGACAACCAAAGAGUUGAUUGGGUUUAUUCUCUUCCAUGUAAUAACGGUCACAUGCUACUGGAUGAAGCCUCACCAGAGUAAUUACCUUAUGAUAUUUUCCCGUCUUGCAACCUGUACUGCCAUGACAGGAAUGAUUAUUUAUUUGUGCUCCCAGAAUGGAGGUGUUGGAGAUCUAUUUACCACCUCAAAAUCAUCAGUGUCAGGUUCAACAAAAGCUUGGGCCUGGGUAUACAUGGUUUCAUAUUGGUUCGGUUCGGUCUCUCCCGGUUCAGUGAACCAGAGUGAUUUCUCCAGAUUCGGUUCUUCACAAACUGCUAUAUGGCUGGGAACAAUCUUAGCCCUAUUAAUCCCAACUACUUUAAUUCCGGUUUAUGGUGUUAUUGGUGCUUCAACGUCAGAACAACUGUAUGGUACACAACUGUGGCAACCAAUGGAUUUUUUCACAUACUGGCUAACAGACAAUUACUCAGCAGGAGCUAGAGCAGCGUCAUUCUUUUGUGGUGUUGCAUUCACUGCCUCUCAAAUAUCUUACACUAUUUCAAAUGCUGGAUUUGCAAGUGGUAUGGAUUUAGCUGGUCUUUUACCCAAAUAUAUCGAUAUCAAGAGAGGUGCAAUUCUAACAGCUGUUGUCUCUGUGGCCUGUCAGCCAUGGAAUUUCUACAAUUCUUCUUCUACUUUCUUGACAGUUAUGAGUUCCUUUGGUGUUAUUAUGACUCCCAUCAUUGCUGUUAUGAUAGCUGAUAAUCUCCUCAUAAGAAAAAGAAACUAUUCUGUUACACAAGCAUUUAUCUUAAAAGGUGAAUACUACUUCAAUAAAGGUAUGAACUGGAGAGCUAUGAUUGCAUGGAUAUGUGGUAUGGUUCCCGGAUUACCUGGCAUGGCAUGGCAAGUAAACAGCAACCUUUUCAAUAAUUCGGGGAUAGUUAAUUUCUACUAUGGCGAUUCUUUCUUUUCAUUUUUAAUCUCAUUCUUUCUCUAUUGGAUUCUAUGCAUAGUCUUCCCACCCAAGAUUGAGAUUUUGCAUGAUGACAAGGAUUACUUCGGAGCAUUCACGGAUGAGAUGGCAAGGAGGAAGGGUCUUGUUCCAUAUAGUGAAAUCUCCCAAGAUGAGAUCGAUAUACAUCGUUUUGCAAAUGAUUUUGAGGGAUUCGCACAAGAGCAAGAUUCUGGCGCAAAUAAUCUCACAGGGGAUCUUGCCGUGCCAUCGGAUGUUUCUAGUAAGUCACUACUUGAGAUGCUUCAAGAAAGCAAAACAGUCGCCGAUACUCAAAGUGAGAAUUAA